AUGGAAAAGUUUGAAGGUUGGAGCUACAAAGUAGGUGUAAGAGGUACUUCUGAUCAUGGUGCUCUGCUUGGUAUUGUUGUGAAUAUCUCAAAACCAGUAAAUACUCCUUUUAAGUAUCAACCAGUAUGGUCUUCUCAUCCUGAUUUUUUGGAACUAAUUAGAGUAUCUUGGGGUGAAGUUGUAGCAGGCAACCCAACAUUUUCUUUUCUGUUCAAAUUAAAGAGGUUAAAACAAGUGAUCAGAAAAUGGAAUUGGGAAAUUUUUGGGGAUUUAAGAUUAAAAGUGAGUACUACAGAGCAGGAAGUUAUGUCUACUUCUUUACAGUCAGAUAAAUUAGUCACAGCUAGAGGCAAGCAUGAAGUAGCUGCACAACAAUAUAAUGAGCUAAUAAGAGCAAAAUCUAGAGUUAAAUGGGUGAAAGAAGGUGGAGCUAACACUGCCUUUUUCCAUGCAAACAUAAGAAUAAGAAAAGCUCAAAACAACAUCAAUGAGCUUGAAGAUGAGAAUGGGUAUGUAGUAACUGAUCAAGCUACAAUUGCAGACAUUUUGAUUAAACACUUUGAAAGGAAGUUUGAGCACAAAGAGAUGCUACCUUCACAUAUGGAUAUCAAAGUGGUUGUUUUUGGUAUGGAUGCAAACAGUGCUCCUGGGCCAGAUGGCUUUCCUGGAAGUUUUUAUAAAUAUGCAUGGGAAAUUUUGAAAGAUUACUUGACUGAAGAUAUAAAAUGUUGUUGGAGUCAUGGUUUUAUUUCUAAAGGGAUGAAUUCAAAUUUUUUGGUUCUUCUACCAAAAAUACAAGGUGCUAAAAAAGCUGAGCAGUUUAGACCUAUUGGUCUGGCAAAUUUUAAUUUUAAAAUAAUUACAAGAAUCAUUACUACUAGGUUGAGUAAAAUGAUUGAGAAUAUGAUUUCUAUGCAGCAGGGUGCUUUUAUAAAAGGCAGAAAUAUACAAGACAGAAUUGUUCUAGCUUCUGAAAUGAUUAAUGAGCUGAACAUAAAAAGAAGGGGAGGCAAUGUAGGUAUGAAGCUAGACAUAACUCAAGCCUAUGACUCAUUGAUCUGGAAUUUUUUAUUUGAAGUACUUAGAAGGUUUGGUUUUUCUGAAAUUGGUAUUCACUGGUUGAGAAGACUGUUUGAAUCUGCAAGGAUCUCAGUGCUUGUGAAUGGUAGUCCAUGUGGUUUUUUUGGUGUAGGAAGGGGCCUUAGACAAGGUGAUCCCCUUUCACCUAUCUUGUUUAUUCUAGAUGAAGAGGUGCUAAGCAGAAAUGUUACAAGUAUGGUGCAGGAUGGAAGAUUACAAGCUAUGGUAAAUAGAGGAGGCCGUCAACCAUCUCACUUGAUGUUUGCAGAUGAUAUCUUCAUCUUCUGCAAUGGUAACAAAAGAUCACUGGAUAACUUAAUGGUUAUGUUGGGGAAAUAUCAAAGCUCAUCUGGUCAGGUGGUGAAUAUAGCUAAAAGUAAGUGCUUUGUUGGUGGUGUAACUGAUACAAGGAAAAAUGAGAUUGCAAAUUACUUGCAUAUGGAUUUAUCUGCAUUCCCUGAUAACAUGCCUGUAUACAACAUGUCAGUAUACAAUUGGCCAAAAUCAGUUAUAAAGGAGUGUGAGAAGAUUAUAAGAAAUUUCUUGUGGUCAGCUGACCCUGCAGUGAAAAAGUUAGUAACAGCCAAAUGGGAUGAAGUAAAUUCACCAAUUUCAGAAGGAGGGAUGGGUCUAAGAAGAUUGGAGAUAAUGAAUAAAGCAUUGCUGAUGAAAUUAUUAUGGAAGAUUGAAACAAAGGAUGUUGAAUGGACAUAA